UCCCGUCUGGGCUGGGUGUCAUGCGCAGUAAAGCUGCGGCCAUGUUCUCGGAUAAAUAUAUGCAAAAUUUUGAUAUUUUGAUUAUUUUGUGUGCCGCGCAAGCUAAAAACAAUGGUUAUAUACCCGCAAAAUGCAGGAGAAAUUAACAUAGGAAUACAUGAGCAUGCUACAAUAAUGUUCCGAUCAUGGAAGAUAUCAUGGAUGGAAGUUUCUCAGUAGAAAUGACAUCAAAGUGUAUGUUAAUUUGUGAAAGAUGACGUGAGACAGUGAAAAUGUGUUCUUUCACAGCCAAAGACUUUCUAUUUACAUAGACACCCUUAUUUACCAGAUAUAAACAUGAACUUUGACAAUGGUCAGGGUCUGAAAUUUGGAGUGUCAAACUAUGGCCAGGGAUUGGCAAAUGCCACCAAUGUGUGUCACUUUCAGUAUAUGGGGAUGGGUGAGGCUCAAGGGGCCAUGAAACCUGGCCAAGGGAUACCACAGAUGCCAGUUGACCGAAACACAUUUGUUCCUCCUUAUCACAAUGUUGGACUGGCCCACCAUCAAGGCAACCCAGCAGCCCAAGCAGGUUUUCCAAUGGGGGUCAAUAUCUCUAUGUCGUCACCCAUGUCUUUCAACUCCCUGCCCCCAAUGGAAAGCUUUGGUGGACACAACCAAGGAUUCCCACCCAACCAGAGACCGGGGAUGAACUACAAAAACUUCAAUAACUGGGUCGGUCCAAACCAGAGCAAUCAGACCUCCCUUCCAAGCAUUGGUCACCUGUGGUCACACUUCCAACAACAGCAGAUUCAGAAGCAUACCGUGCAACAGCCUCCCCCACACCAACAGAACUUCUACCCUAACCAGCAGCACAUGCAGGGUUUCCAAAACACACUUGCCCUCAGCCCGAAUAUGGCUGGGGGACCUCGAGGACAGAACAUCAGCUAUCAAUACCAAGCUCAGAAUCCAACCGUUGUGAACCAUUCUAGGAUGUAUCAAAAUUUCCCCCAGGAAAGAAUGCAGAACUGUAUAUAUGGAAGUCAGAACGUUCCCACAGUCAGUCAGAGUGUAGCUGGUGUGAAUGAUCAACAUAUUGCUAAAGCACCUGGUCAGUCACAUCCGGUACACCAUGUAGAAACGGCUGGUCCUCAGGUGACCGCUAUUUGUAACCAGGUGACUAAAACUACCACCACAAUCACCAUGACCACCUGUAACAGUUCUCCCCUGACCACUGCAAUGGCACAUGUGAAUGUGACGGUUCCUUCUGUUCUGACAUCGGUGGCUGUGACCAAACCUGCAGAAGGACCUGGAGGGAGUCCGCGAAACACUCCAGGGGUGGAGGCAGGGCCACCAGUCAGUGUAUCAGGUUGUGCUUCACACCACACUAAGCCCAAAGUAAGUGAUGGUGCAGAUUCGGAGGGAACUGAAUGUGAACAAGACUCCAUGGAAUCCAAAGACAUUGAACCGAGUUUGCAGAUUGUGAAGGUACCAUUUGGCUGGAGACGGACGACAGAGAAUGGGACAGUGGUGUACUACAGCCCCAGCAACACCAGGCUUUGUUCUUACCAUGAAGUAUGCAAGUAUCUGUCUGCUGAGGGCACCUGCAAAUGUGGGUUGGAGUGUCCACUCUUGGUGGAGAAGGUGUUUAACUUUGAUCCAUUGGUCAAUGGAAAACUCUGGACUGUGGAUGAUAUGGCUACAGGGGACCUCACCAAGUUGUGUAUUCACAAACGUAAAAUUAUUGCAAUGGCAACUUUUCAGAGUAGUCGAUCAAUGUCUGUUUCUAAAGACACGGAUAAGAUCAGUCAUUCAGGAACAGGAGGUCAUUCGAGGAAAGGCAAGAAGAGCAAAAGUAAAGUGAACUCUACACCUUAUGAUGGACUGUUGGUAUCACAGCUUCUGGCUCAGAAAGGAAAGGUGAAACCACCGAUGAAUCACACCCACAAACACACCAAAUCAAAGGGUGAUGGUUCACAAAAUCCCAUAGAUGGGCCUGGAUCUAAGUCGUCAAAUAAUGUCACUACUGUUUCUAAUGCUGUACCAAAGAUGUUUGAAAAUAAGUCAGUUCCAUGCAAAUCUCAAGCUUUGCAACAGUUACAACAGUUAAAUAAGCUCAACAACUCUGUCGGCAAUGUACUGCCUGAUCCAGCCGAUGACCUUGGCCCGAUAACGUGCCAAGUCCCGGCUAAGCUGGACUUUAGCAAAGAAGGCUUCCUGGAGGAUCAGAAGAAUAGGCUUCAGACGUCUAUGGCUGGACAUACUGUUGGCCAGGCAAUCUUCCAUCAAGGGUCUGUGUCCCCUCAAGCUCCUUUUAGUCAAGAACAACUGAAGCACCAGUUGUUGAUGCAACAGUCUGCUUCCCCAUGUGCUCCUACUGCCAGUCCCUCUUUAGUCAAUUCUGUUCCAAACCACAUGUACGGACCAAAUGUUCCUCAACACUUCCAGUGCCAGUUGCCUAUGAAUAUGCAGCAGAAUUCUGGAAACAUUAUGUUCCAGACUCUGAUGCAUGUGCAGAAUCCACAAGCCCAAAGAUUUACGAACCCUCCUGUGUUUGAACAAGCCAACAUGCAAGGAAAUCAUUUGCAGGUUGGAUCCCAACCAAAUCUCAUGAUCAACCAGGGCUAUCCUCAUCUAGGUAAUCUGACCUGGCUGGACCCAGGGAAACCGAAGGCCAAGAGGCCUAGAAGCAAGAAGGAUAAACAGAAGUUAAACAGCAUUCUUGAUAGGACAUCUCCUUGUCCGAAUGUUGAUGUCCGACACAUACCUCAGGAAGCAUCAAAGAAUCCAUCCAGCAUCAAUACUAGUGUAUCAUUCAUGGAAAAUCCAGCAGCAUUUCUUGCUCAACAAACAGCUCUUGUUCAUAGUUCAUUAAGUUCCACAAAGACAGAUAUGUCUCAACCAAGUCCUCGGACACCACAACCUUCUGUAUCCACCCCUCCAAGUGUAUCCACCUCAGUUCAGAAUAAGUCUGUUCCUGUAACCACAGCUUCUUCACCAGCAUCUGAACCUACAGAAGAGGUACCAGAUAAAGUAUUGCCACAAAGAACAUGUAGUAUUAGUGAACCAUCUGCAACGUCUAGUACAUCAACUGGCACAGUGACUACUGCUAAAACCCCAGGAUUGUUGAAAGUUGAUGACGGUGCAAACUGUGAUAGAUCAGAUACGCCUGCUAUAGAGAAAUUGGAUGUUUCUGAGAAAGAAGCAAGUGCAUCUGAACAGUGUUGUGAUGACAAAACCAGAUCAAGUCCUGCCAGCAAUGCCACUCUACCUUCAGAUGCCAAAGCAAACUCUUUAGAAUCAAGUGAGCCUAAGGACUCUGAUUGUGUCAGUGAAGCGAACACAACUAACAGCACUAAGCCAAACAUUUCACAGCAAAGCCAAACACCUACAAGCAGCAAUGCCGCUAUUGUCACCCUUGCUUCCACUGCCUCUGCAACAGAACCAGCCACUACUGCAACAAAUUUGGUAAUGCCAAGUGAUAUUUCUGAAUUGAUAGCUGCUAAUAAUCUUAACCUCAAUGCUGUCCAACAGGCUUUAAGUCAGCAAGGACCAGGUGAGUUUCCUGCCAGCACACUACUGUCUGCCGCGGCAAGAGCACAGGGGUCUCAACAAAACCCACUUAAUGUUCUACUAGGCCAGCCAAUGCAGGUCAGCCCUACUUUGCAAGUUCCCACUGGGCAAGAAACCGCUACACCAACCGCCAUUCCCGACAUGAUGAGCAAAGCAGGCAUUAACACGUUAGAUCAGUUGAAUUUAUCUCUACAACAGCAAGGUGGUGGAACUCUCAUGCUUCCUCAGAACCCAAAUAUUUUGGCAGGUGCUCUUCCUGGGGGUUACAUCAAUACACUGAAUGGUCCAACUGUGCAAGGAUUACCUCUCAACAUGUUCCUGCCUGUCAAUCAACCAAUAGGCAAUUCCACAGGUUUGAAUCCUGCUCAAAACUUAUUAAUUGGUCUUGAUCCUAAGUCAGGUGCCAAUUCACAGACUUCAAAACAGGCCACAACAACAGGUAGAGUUUCUGGAGUAGAGUCUACUAAAGGUUUGGAUGGCUUUAAUGGACCAGCUGUGAACUUCCCAACACUCUUUGCAAAUGUUGCUAGUGGCCCUAGUACUAUUGGUGCUAACAUGAAACUUUCAACAACAUCUUCCUCAAAUGCAUCCCAAGUUUCUGCUGGUGUCAAUGCUUCUUUGCUAAACAAUCAGUUCCCCUAUGUCACAAUGAACACUCCUAUGCCUCCGAUGUCCCUUCCCCUUGUAACCAAUGUCACAAACAGCCUAUCACAAGUGAUCCCAGCUGUUGGAGUUCCUCAGACAGUCCUGAAUCAACAACCUGUUACAUCACUCAUCAGCACUGUCACUGUCCCAACAUUGAACAAUUCCGUUGUCAUUACAAACCAAAUACCCUCAAUGCAUACUUCUCAGACUGGGACACAGAAUAUUGCAUUUAUGGGAGUACAACAACCUCAAGGGGGUGAGCCUGAAAACAAUGCAAAUGUAGGCACAGCCGAAGAUGUCAACAGUGUUGGCAGUUCUAUGGCCAGUACUGAAACAGUGUGUGUAAGUGAAAGUGGCCAAGCUAAUGUUCCAAAGCUUGAGACAACCCAUCAGGGUGUGGAGACACUCAUGAACAAACUGGUAAAUCAAACUGAAGUCAUGGAACAAAUGAACAAUAACACAGGUCAGGUUGUGCUUCUUCCGAAUCCAAAUAUUCCCCUUCUUCAGCUGUAUGGAGCUAAUCCAUUGUUAGCAGCACCUGGGAUAGAUAAGUUUGGUUUGAACAGUAUGCAGCAGGUCAUGCUCCAUGGCACAAUGAUUGAUCCACAGCUGUGCCAAGGUCAGCCUGCUGUAGGAGGGGGCCUCAAUCUCCUCCAGAUGCAACAGAUGUGGAACAAUGCUGGUAACGGCAACAUGACCAAUCUGAAUGCAAUACAACUUCAACAGCUUCAGGCACUUCAGCUGCAGCUUCUGCUGCAACAGAUCCAAGGAAUGCAAUCCCUUGUCAACCAAAUCCAGCUCCACGGUGCUGCUCAACAGACCCUUAAUCCAGAUGGAACCAUACCAACUCAAGUCCCCACUGUGGGAGAAGUGGAAGAGGAAGUAAAGGUUGAGGUGAAAGAAGAAGAGGAAGAGGAGGAGGAGUAUGGGGAUACCCAAGAUGCUGAUCUGAGUCCUUCAGGGGAAUGUGAAUUCAAAAGUGAAUGUGAUCAAAAUUUAAGCAAGAAUUACUCUCCGGAUCAACCUGUUAAUGAAAAUGAUGUGGGUUAUGGCAUAAAAGAUUCAGUUGAAAAUGAGGUUUCUCAAGAGCCCAAAGCUGUAUGUGAUGCAACAGGUGCUGGUGCAAAUGACAUUACCUGUUCGAAGUCUGAAGAUGGGGACAGUUUAGUUGAGACAUCACAGACUAAGAAAGAUCAUGAAUUUUGCGUUAGUGAGAAUUCAAGGAGUGACAGUGAUAAACAGUCAUGGCAUAAUACUGACUCUGAUGAUGUAUCCUCGUCAACUAUGUCUGUGUCUGAUUCAGCGGGUGAACAAAAAUCUUGUGACACUAACCUGUUGGAUUCCUCUAAAACUGGUACAGCUUUGAGAACAAAACCACAAAAAGAAUCAUUAGGUGAGUCUCCUUCAGUGUCAAAUGCAGUACUGGGUCGCGGGUCAUCAUCCAGCAGUGUACUGGAUGGGUCAGCAGCAUCAGCUUCAGAUCUGCCCCAUGUGAACCACAACGGGCCGGAGGAGGACUUGUGUGAUGAUACUGAUUCACUGGAUGAUGACAUGUCUCUCGAUGAUCUGCGGAGGGGGUUGAAACGAGCCAGAACAGAUGAUGAGACUGAUGUGGACUCCACUAGCAUUGACAACUACGACGAGGAGUCCAUUGACGGCAUGGUGUCUGAAGGCUACCUUCAGAACUUCUCCACAGGGGAUGUUGUAUGGGGUCAGAUCCGAGGCUUCCCGCUGUGGCCAGGCAAGCUGGUUCCAGAAAGUGCUGCUGAGGGCAUUGAACUGAACCCCUCCCUAGAGGACAGAGCAGAUGCCGUGCUGGUCAUGUGGUAUGGGGAUCACACAUUUACUCGGGUUGAGCCUCAAAGACUCAAGACAUGGGGCGAAGGAAUGGUUGCUCAUCACAAAACCAGGAGGAAAUACCGCAGAGGCAGGAAGAUGAACUCCCAUCUGGAGGCGGCUAUCCAGGAGGCUGUGAAGGACAUAAAAGACAUGCCAGUCGUGAACUCUGAAACAGCCGCAGUGAAACCUUCAGUGAAGGGGCGUGCCACAAAGAAAAGGAAGGCUUGAUGCCGCAUGGAUUAUUUCAGUGUACAGUCAAACACUGAAGAGAGCCUACAUUCAUCCACUGUUUUAUGGUUGGACAGUGAAUGUCCAGGGAUAUAGUAGGAUAAUGAUGGAAGACAUUGACGAUAUAUGACAUGCGAUGGACAGUGUUUAUUUAUGUCCAGUCAUUAGGGAAUUUACUUUCCUGGGAAUUGAAGUUUGAGAUUGAUGUGAUGUCUGUUUAGCUCAGCAAAACCAUUUUUGAAGGAUUUUGAAAUUUUGAGAACCUGCAUUUUGAAGGAUGUCUGCUGGUUUGUAAACAAUAUGUACAGUUCAUUAUGGCAUGAACAUUAAUUAGGCUCUCCUCACAACAGUUUAUGAGUACUACCUACAAUAUCAGCUUCAUCUGAUGAAGUCAUGACUUGGACAGCAUACUAGAAUUUGAAAUUGAAGAUGAAAUAUUUUGUGCCAAUGUUGAAAGUCUAAGGACACGGUGUGGAAAUUGUGUUAUUUUGUGACAGAUGAAUUACUACCAAGUCUGAUGAAGGGGUUCUUUUUCGAGUCCAGGUGGGUGGUGGGUGGGAUGUUACCUGCAAAAAGUUUGUCGUGUCGUCUUCUUCGAUGGGUUGUUAUGAUGUCUCUCACAAGUAACAGUUAUUGUAGUUUCUGCCUCGAUAUGUUCUCUUGAAAUCAAGGGUUGGGUGACUGCCAAUUGAUUAAUCGACGGAGAUUGACAAAUGAGGAGUCACUUCACCCUUGACAUCUAAUAAGGCAGAGGGAAAGCAUACGAUAAUUAUUUUCACCAAUUGUCAUCCACAUUAGGUGGCAAGAAUAUGCAAAGUAUUCAUGAGGAAAGAUCACAAAAGAAAAGGUGCAGUCAACGGUUGAAAAUUCCAUUAUGAUUGGGAUGUGCCUGGCAAUUGCAACAGACAAUUUAUUAGAUUUUUGACUAUUUGAACUGCAGGUCCAGCUGCAUGCCUCAUGCAUUGAAGCGAUGUUGAUUGAUAAAAGUGACGGCACUUUUGAUGAAAAAUCCAGUUGUGCAGUCGUCUAGUGCGAAAAAGGUGACCCCCUUAAAUUCAAGAAAUAAGUCAGUUGAGACUUUUGUUAAAUAAUUGUUUCGACCAUGGACGUAUUCACAGAUAUUGAAAGAAUGAAACAAACUUUCCGUAAUCUAACUAGAAAAUAGUUAAUUGCCCAACCCGUCCUGGGUUCAUCAAGUACCUUGUAGUUCAGACAAGGAGAGUGUCAAGUUGAGGUCUUAUUUUCAAAGAACAGACCAUAAGUCAACAUGGUUUCCAAGGUUUGACUGAACAGAGAUAAACACUGGUGUGGCAGAGAGUGUCAACUUAAUGCUAUAUUAUCAAUGAGUAGGCCAUAAAGUGUCAUUGUUCCCAUCUUGUUUUUGAGUAAAGGACCUCAGGUUUGCAAGGUUUAUCUGUACAGAAACAGGUUGGUCUGGCAGAGUGGUAGCAUGGUGGAGAGUGGUUUGGUUUUAUUUUGUCAGUGUUCCCCAGUGUGGCUGCGGAACUGCCACAAGAGCCACAGACUACUCACUUGUUCUCAUUUGUGACAGUUUCUUUGCUGGAAGAGUUCCGCAGUGCGGCAGUAGAAUUACCUACCACAAGGCCCAUGAACACCUCCCUUCACUUGUGAACAUUGUGGCACCACUGUUGGUGUUGGUGUUGGGUACUAUCAUGACAGGCUCUCAUCGCUCUUUUCAUAAACAUUUUGAAGAAUUUAUUAAAAUGUAGGUCAUUCAAGGGUUGGUUUUCUGUUCUGUCUAUGUCUACAAUGGUCUGGUGUGUUCAUUGAGCAUGGCUAUGUUAAUCUGAGAAAUUGUUCAUUCUGUUUAUAAGUUGUGAUAGGUAGAUCUGUUUCAAAGUUCUGCGAUAUGAUGUUAGUCACUUGGGUAUGGGAUUUCCUUUAAAGAUGAAUGAUAAAGUGCUGUGGUGUUCAGGCCGGAAUUUGUUUAAUGCAGUGUUGGCAGAAACUGAAGAGAAACAGGCUGAAGGCUUCUGUCAGUCAAGACAUUCUUGAAUAGUUAAUGGAUGUUUUACUUCACAAGUUGGUGGGAAGGUCAUUUAUUGGACGGUGUAAAUUUUAGUUUCGGAAGAAAAUUUAUUUUUCUAAGACGAAACAUGAGUUGUUACCUUCUAAACCUCUCUGUAUAGUACUGUCCCAGCGAAACAUGAUCUGAAAUAUUUCAAAUGCACAUGACAUGCAAAUUCUAUGUAUGUUUGUCCGUGUUGUUUGGGGCAUAAUUGCAUAAUGUAAACACAGGCAAUAUUGACAUUUGUUUUCUGAAUUGAUGGACAGUUUCAUGUUGGUAAUUUAAUGUUUGGUAGUGUUCAAUAAUUGGUCUUGUGUUCAUUUGUCAAGCACAGCUGCUGUUGCUCAGGUAAUGUUUCCUGUGUAAAUGUGUCAGGGGGUUGAUACAGCUCGAACCUUACUCAGAGCCAAAAUGUGCGCUCCAAAAAGCAGGUUUAGAUAGAUUUUCAGAUAAACGGUUAACAGUAAAAUUCUAGGCGAUUCUUAUUAUUAAAACAGGUUAUUGGAUCCUCUAAAAUGAACUACCUAUUUGAACAGGGACCCAUUCCACAUUGCGAUUUUAGCUCUAAGAUGAUCGUAACUCCCAUACUUUUGCAUAGACUUACUACAAUCGUAGCACUAAGAUGAUCGUAACUCCCAUGCUUUAGCAUAGACUUACGACAAUUGUAGUGCUAAGAUGAUCGUAACUCCCAUACUUUUGCAUAGACUUACGACAAUUGUAGUGCUAAGAUGAUCGUAACUCCCAUACUUUUGCAUAGACUUACGACAAUUGUAGGUCAAAGAUGAUGGUCACUCCCAUACUUUAGCACAGGCUUACAACAAUCAUAGCGCUUAAAUCAUUUUGUGGAAUGGGGCCCUGAGCUAGCAGUAUGCACAUUUAUAUUUUGACCCUUAGAAAAGCAUCCAAAAUAUUUUACUGCGAGACCAAUUAAAUUUGAGAUCAAGGCCCUGUUGCACAAAGCAAUCGUAGCGCUACGUCUGUCAAAGGCUAUGUUAAAGUAUAUGAUUAAUGAGUCAUGACCUUAUGAUCGCUUUAUGCAACAGGCCCUGAAAAAAAUUUGAAAUGAUCUUUUUGCUUUCUUACUGCUGUUUUCCCCGCCUAGUGAUAAGGAUUUUGAAAGAAAAAUACAGACAUUAAUAAAUAAUGAUAAUUCCAACAGAUUUUGCUCGAGGGAGAUUUGGUAGUUGUUAAGUGUUUAGUUCUGUUCCUACUGUGAGUGUAGGAGCUAUAUUUUAUGAAGUAGUCAAAGAUAUAACUGUUGUUGGCAUUUCCAUGUGAGGUAGUGUAUGUUUAGCAAUGAUCAGUGCUUUGUUUGAGGCCAGGGUCAGUGACUUAUUGUCUGUUAUUGUUAUGUUUUGGGAGGGACAGUGGACAGUACACUGGCGGACAUUCCUGUCCCCCAUCUCCGACAACUCGGAGGUUUCAACAUGUAUGAUGAUGAUUAUUUCUUGAGCAAUAGACGUACCUUCUCCAUCAGUUGGUACUGCCGAAAUCGGUGUCUGGGUAUUUAAUCAGACUUAUAUGAUGCAUUUUCAAAUUUACUCUGUGCAAGAGAGAUGAUUUAUUUUAACACUUUCAUGCUUAAUUUAUUGUUACUGAAUUUGUGACUGAUAUUGUCUUCAUUAAAAACCGGAAAUUGAUGGAUGCAGAUAGAGCAAACCACAUCCUUAAUGUGUUCAUGUAGAAAUAUUUAGUUCUGAUAUUUUCCUACCAAACCCUCUGUGUGUUGUUCAGCUUGGUGUGUGUUUUCAGUUAAAGCUUCAUGGUUACUGUAUGGCUCUGUGAUAUGUCCAAUGUGUACAGGUGUUAUUUAUUUGUGAUACUUCCUUUUGCAUAAUACCUUGCAGAUUUACUUCACUCUUAAGGCUUAAUUAUAUAAUAAUUCUCUAUAAGCUUAAAAGUUUAUGCCUGUGAAUUUAUUGAAUCAGAAACUCCGUCACAAACAUAUUACUUGUACUUUGAAAUAUAUAUAUUAAUCAAGAAUUUUUUGCAUAAGGACAUCCUUUGUCUCUUCCAUUGCUAAGCAUAGGGCAAGUCUAUAUAUUGUAUCUCUAGCUGUGUGUUAAGUGUAAUAUCCUAUAUCAGCUGAAACUACCGUACACAGGACUGGUCAAGUCCGAACGUGAGCACCCAAUCAGAGACAGGGUAUCACUUAAGCCUUACCUCAUUGGGCUAAGCUCAGUUCAACACAAGCAUGAACACUUACUAUAUUUUGUUUUGGUUUGGAGGAGUUACAUAGACAUUUUUACACCAUAAAUCAAACAAUUAUUUUGACAGUUGGGUUGAAUACAAAAUUGUAUAUUUUUUUUGUUAACUUAGUUAACUUAUUUGCUCUGUAUGAAGAAUAUGUUUGAAAAUUUUGUUGUGGUUUGAAAUGGUUUCAUUUUCUUGACUCCAGGCAGGCAGGAUUGUGGGAAUUGACAAAUGAAACUCCUUGAAAACAUUAGGUAUUACUAAGCAAUGUCAGAAACAUAAUACAGAUAAGCAAAUCUCUCCAAUUUUGGAGGCGAGCUUGAGAAAGAAUUAACUUAUCUUUACAAUCAAGUUGAACUUUCAGUAUUUUUCAAUUACAUUCAAUCUAUGCUUCGAUGCAGUGACUGAUACCAUCCUUUCAUUUGGCCUGAUUAAUUUGUGGUUUAACAGUUGUAUUUGUUGAUGAUUUGUUUAGGGGACAUUGGGGCCAGUAAGGUGCCACAUGUUGCUGUGAACAGUUGAUUUCUUCGUUAGGACAGGAUCCUUUAAUCAUAUGUUUGAAUCCCAGGUUUACCCUGGUCAAUAUUCUUGGUUUGUCAGCACCAUAUCCAUGUUCAUCAGGACAGGAUCCUUUAAUCAUAUGUUUGAAUCCCAGGUUUACCCUGGUCAAUAUUCUUGGUUUGUCAGCACCAUAUCCAUGUUCAUCAGGACAGGAUCCUUUAAUCAUAUGUUUGAAUCCCAGGUUUGCCCUGGUCAAUAUUCUUGGUUUGUCAGCACCAUAUCCAUGUUCAUCAGGACAGGAUCCUUUAAUCAUAUGUUUGAAUCCCAGGUUUGCCUGGUCAAUAUUCUUGGUUUGUCAGCACCAUAUCCAUGUUCAUAGUCUUCACCAAAUUGGUCCGCGUGAAAAAACGAUGGAUCAUUUUGGACUUUCUUGCCUCAUUUGGCUUAUUGACAUGCUGUGAUUUAGCUGAAAUAGUGUUAAAAAUGGCAUUAACCCAACUCACUCACUCACCCACUCUGAUUUGUUCAACCUUGAUACAUACUGUUCUUCAUUUAUUCAGGUUUGGUGACUCCUACUAUGAUCUGAAUUGUUUUUAGAUUUAAUUAGAAAUAGAGACCCAAAAUUGCAGAAUUUGGCAUAAUAUUUGACAGUGUAAACAGACCUGAAGUAAAUGUUAAUAUGAGUUUAACAGUUCAGUUAUAAGAUGUCAAUAAUUAGUUAUAGAUUAACAAAUUAUGUUGUUGCUGGCGUUAAGGAAAACAUUGAAGCUUUUUGUUGAAAGUUUAAUUUUGUUCAUUAAUGUUAUAUUUGUUUGCAAUGUUGAUGGCAUUAUAUUUUUAUCAUUGAAAAUAGACUGACUAAAAGUGUAUGGCAUUUUUGAAGAUAUUGCGUUUAUGUUAAUUUCUCUCCUAAGUAUUUGUUAUGUGUGCAAGAUCAAAGAUAGUUUACUUUGUAGUUAUACAUUUAUGAUUAAAUUGACUAAGGAAACGUUCCGAGGUUCUAUGUGAUGUCCACUUUUGACCAGGAGAAGAUGCUUCAGGCUGCUUGUGCUUAUGUGGUUACUGUUAGUGCUUAUGUGGUUACUGUUAGUGCUAUAGUUAUUACUGUGUGUUGUGCAGAUUUAAUUUAAGCUUGUUUGUUUAGAAUCUCAGAAUAUUCUAUGGUGUUCAAUGUUGUGUGAAAAGUGCUUCAAAGGGAGACAACUGCCCAUUUUACUGACCCAUCGCUCACAAUGCUUGCAAAUGGCGAGAUUGUGUUUAUUGUGUCCGUGGUCAGAUUCCGAUGUAUUUGUGUUUGAGCAUAGAGAUAUACACAUAUUUUAUUUGUUGUUUUGUUGGACAAUCUUUUUUUUUAAUUGUACAUAAACAUUUUAUCCCUAAUGCUACACCAGUAGUUAUAACUGACCCAGUUUUAAUGCUGAUAAAAGUUGAUUUCGUUUGUAUAUAUUGAUAAUUAAUAUGAUGUUUUGUACAUAGUCAACCAUUUCGUGCCAUGUAUGGAUACAGAAGUAUACUUAUCUUAAUGUUAAAAGUCCUCAUGUGCUCAAAGCACACAACCGAUGUCGUGUACAGAAAAUUUGUAUAAUGUGAUAUCAUGUUAUUCAGUGUUUAUUUACAGUCUUAAUCACAGCUUAGUGAGUCAUGUGACCAGGGUCAUGUGACAGGAUCAGAUACCGAGGGAAUCAUCGUCUUGCAUAUAUUUCUGUGACUUGUUUAUCAAUAACCAUUGAGACAGUAUGCCACAGAUGAACUGUGGGUCUACUGAAGCUACUUGCCUGUCCUUCACAGGCUGACACAAGCAAUGACGGAUAGAUGUAUUCCCAUGUUUAUCAUACUCCCAAUGUUCUGUAUUAAACUUCAGUUUAUUGUUCACA